AUGGAACGCGGGGUUCCUGAAGCGGCCUCAAAGCGCGCGAAGGUUAGCUCACCCCGCGUCAAGGCUGGGGAGAAGCACGACCCUGCUCCGAAGCGGUCAACCAAGUCUGGUUCCGUGGCUGUCUCCCCUCUGGCCGCCACCGAUACGGAGGCGGCUGAGUUGGCAUUCCAUACUAUCAGCGAGCAACUUGCGAUGCCUAACGAGUACACAGCUACUUCGUCGGUGAGCAACCGUCAUCUCGCGGGGACCGCACCCCGGUUCUUCUUUGGGGUUAGUGGUUGCGAUUUCUUUAUUUUGCGAGUGUAG